GCGGUCAAAGUCGGCACAGCAGGAUCAAACCCUAAAGAGGCUGAUACCCUCGAUUUUCUUGACGCGCCCUCCCCUGCCCUCCUUGCCCGUCCCGGUGCGGGAAUGAUACCCUCGGUCAAAGAUAGAUUCGUCCUCUACAGUCCCAAUGGCGCCCACCCUUGCUAUGUAACGAACCCCGCAAGGUGUAGUAUUUCCGGUGCGAAAGACGGAUCAUACAAUCGCCUGUUCCAAGCCAGUACGGCUCGCUCGCUCAUCGUACAGCUGGUCCUCGCUGUCGAGUACAUCCACGCCAGAGGAAUUGUUCAUGGUGACCUCCACCUCGGUAACGUCCUCCUUGGCCUUCCAGACAACCUUGACCAGCUCUCAAUCGAGCAGGUAUACAAAAAAUACGGCGCACCUGCUUCGGAGCCGGUUGUUCGACUUGACGGCCAGCCACUUGAACCCGGCGUCCCAUCCACCACCUCCCCUCCAGUCUGGCUCGGAAAACCCUCCGAGGAAUUCUCCUCUUCAGGAUCCAGAGUCCUCCUCAGCGAUUUCGGAGAGGCCUACUCACCCUCAACAGAGCCUCGACACCACUCCCACGCCCCCAUAUCCUUCGUGCCCCCCGAAGCCAUCUUCGAGCCAGAACGAGGCCUGUCCUUCUCGUCAGACACCUGGACUCUCGCGUGCGCCGCGUGGGCGAUACUCGGGCAGCGGCAGUUGUUCGAGGACAUCCUCGCCACGCAGGACGACGUCACAGCCGAGCAGGUCGAUGUCUUGGGGAAGUUGCCUCUGGCGUGGUGGGAGAGGUGGGAAGCGAGACACGAGUAUUUCGAUGAGGAGGGGAAGCCGAACCGGGACCGCCAUGUCAGGUCUUGGGAGGGCAGGUUUCAGAGGCAUAUCCAACGGCCGCGAAAGGAGGCUGGAAUCCCUGGGUUUGAGGAAGAGGAGAAGGCUGCUGUUUUGGAUAUGUUGCGGUCGAUGUUGGCUUUUGCGCCGGAGCAGCGGUUGACGGCAGGGGGUGUUUUGGAGUGUGAGUGGAUGGUGAAAUGGGCGUUGCCAGACUUCGAGAAGUCUCACAGCAUGUCAACGUGAAGCCGGAGACAAGGUUGAGAAGCACUCUGA